CUGGUCAGGCCAUCUCCACAAGUGGGAAUAACAGGCAGCACUCAACUCGCCGCCUACACCUCUACCUUCAAGCCUGCAGAUCUAGCGCGAUGAGCCGUGCCGCUCCAGCUACAUAUGAUGGUCUGGACAUCCAGUCUUUGGCUCAGUCGUGCAAGCUGCCUGCGUUCAACGACCUGAACCCAUUUGCACACUACGGGCACAACAAGGCGUCCGCCGCGCAGCCGCAACACGAACAUGGACCGUCCAGCGGUCGAUGGCAGCCUGUCCCAGGUCUGAUCCAUUCCAAGGAAAGCUUAGCGUUGCGGCAAUCGAUCGGAUCGAUCUUGAAGCAAGUCCACGAAGAAGUGUCGACGGAGAAGCUCGAGAUCCGCGCCAACACGCCAGAAUACCGGUUGGAAAGCGACGAUUGGAUUGCCCACAAGAACAGCAAGAACGUGCUGCCGCCGACGCUCAAGUCAGUAGCUCGAUUGCCCAUGAGCCUGCUCACGGUGGACCCGCAUGCGUGCGUGGGCCGCAAGGAUCUAACCGACCUCCUCGUGUUUGGCAAUUUGAAAAAGCGCGGGGAAACCAACAAAGCGUUCAAGCGCCGGUUCUUUGAUUUGGAAGACAAGAAGUUGUCUUAUUACCGCAAGGAACCGAUGAAGAACGGCGUGAUGCUCGGCAACAACGAAAAGGCGUCGCUGGUCACGGGGGUGAUCAACCUCCACGACGUGUCGGCGGUCCAGCCGCAUGCCGACCACAGCGUCGCAUGGGGCUUUGAGCUGGUCACAACCAACCGGACGUGGGUGCUCGCGGCCGACUCGGAAGCCGAGUACUACCGGUGGGUCGAAGCUAUCUGCCACUCAGUGCCGUUCCACUCGGUCAACAUCAUCUACCGCCGCAUGCUGCAACUGGCCGAAGUGAGCGCGAACGCUGCCAACGAAGUGCGUCUUGUGCUGCUGCCAUCGUACACUGUCGCAGAGACCGUCGUGCACAUCUUUGAAUGCUACCACAACAUGCUCGAUGCCGUGCCCCUGCAUGCGUACGACCCGUCCGAGUACGCGCUCAAGCUCACGGGGUUUCGAGACUACAUGAUUGAACCCUCGCGCGAAGUGAGCGACUACCAGCACGUCCGCGAGUGCCUCCUGACCCGCAAAACGGUGUGCUUGACGCUUGUCCACCGGUCAAAAAUUGACGGCCCAGAGUUGCUCAAGGGGCUGAGUCAGUCGCAGGAUCUACUGUACAACGAAAAGGUGUGCCACUUGACAACCAAGUCGUCCCGAUCGAAUUUGAACUUUACGACGUUGGGCGGCGAGUGGAACGUCCACCGCCAGCAGCAGCAACCAGAGCGUCCAGUCGGCGCUGCUGAUGCGACGACCAACCAAAACCACGACGACGGGCAACACGCCGUGGUUGUUGGCAAGAGCUGCGAUUACCACGAACCGCUUCGCUUUUGCGUCAACCGUGUGCUAAACAUUCCUCGGUUCACGACGCACUUGACGCGCAAUGCCCAUGAGAUGGCCGUGGAAGGGCGGCCGCUGCUGUUCACCAACGGCGUAGUCGUGGUCGAGCUGUACAACGGCGGCAAGUUGAUUGAAGAGCCGAUUGAAACCACCGACGUCCGCUUGAAGGCGCAGAUGGACGACGGGCUCAUUGCGCUGUGGACCGAGCCGAAAUGGUACCGCACCAAGACCCGACUAAAUGAGAUCCCGCGGUCUGCCCGGUUGGUGUUUACGCUCUACGGCGUGCGUAAAAGCCACAGCGGAAGCAGCAGCACCGGCGACGACCGCGAGCGCAUCCUCACCACAGGCAUCAACGUGUUUGACGUCCAAGGACUCAUCGCCCAAGGCGAGCAAUACGUGCAAAUGAUCGACAACUUGCACCGUUGUCACUAUGGGUCGGUGCCCCACAUUGUCGACACACACAAACCGUUGAUCCACAUUUCGCUGUCGUCGUACCACACAGACAUUGCGUUCGACUGGAGCCAAGGCAACGGGUACGAAUCGACCAAGAAGAAGACCAACUCGCACCGGAGCCAAACGCUUGAAAAGUCUGGCUGGCUCAAGAAAACUGGCAAGAGCUACACGCUGUCGCAGUGGCAGCGCCGGUGGUUCUCGCUCAACCAGACGACCAACUCGUUGUCGUACAGCGACGACGUGCACCUGCCUGCAAAGCACACAAUCCACCUCGUGGGUGCGACAGUGUGGGCCGCGGACGAGCUCAAUUCCAAGUUUACCACGUUCGUCACAUCCAAGAGCACCAAGAAGGAGCAGCAGACGUGGGUGUUCAAGCUGCGGGCGGACGGCAGCAGCCGUGAGUUUGUCAUGUGUGCCAGCACCAAGCAGGAGCGCGAGGAGUGGAUGUCGGCGCUGGGGAUGGUGGCGCGAGGCGAAACCUUCUCGGAGGAGGAUGACGACGAAGACGACAACCAGUCGGAAGGUUCCGACAGCUUUGCCAACACGAGAACCAACAGCCACGCGCUUCGCUCGACGUCGUCGUCGUCUGACCGUCCGCCGUCGGUGCUGCGGUCGUUCACGAUGCCCCAGUCGUCUGUGUUUCUCACACAUCGCGCGUCGUCGGCGUCCAGUGUCUCAGGCGGCGUGGACAACAACGCGCGCGCCGUCGAGGACCUGCGCGACAUCAUCUCGCGCGACCCGCUCUACCGCCUCAGUUCGUACGAGAAGGCCAUCAUGUGGAAGAAUCGGCACCAAUUCAAAAACGACUUCGACGCGCUCCCACGGAUCCUCACAUGUGUCAACUGGAACGACUCGCGCGAAGUGGACGAGGUCCUGGGCAUGCUGCCGCUGUGGAACACGGCGAGCCACCCCGCGGGGUACAUUCGGCUGCUCGACAUGGAGUUUGCCAACGAAGGCGUGCGGACGUUCGCGGUCGACAAGCUCAGCGAGAUGGCAGACACGACGUUCAGUUACUUUUUGCCUCAGCUCGUGCAAGCGCUCAAGUACGAGAACCACCACGUGUCCCCGCUAGCCAAACACUUGAUCAAGCGAGCGAUUGAAAACCCCAACCAGAUCGGAUUUGACCUCUUCUGGGCCAUGAAGGUCGAAUCGUACAACGAUCAGUUCAAGGAACGAUAUGGUCUGCUCCUCAACACGUACGUGGACGUAUGCUCGCACAAGAUGCGGUCGAUUCUGGAGCUCCAGGACAAGCUGUUUUCAGAAAAAGGCGAGUUUGAAAAGAUCUGCCAACUGGUCAAGCAACUGCACCAUGACGGCAAGAGCAAGGACGACGUCAAGGCGGCGAUGCGCGAACAACUCGGCAAACUCAACGAAACGUUGCCGAAUUCGUACCAAUUGCCCAUCGACCCGCGGGUCGAAGUCGGCAAGAUCCUAGUCCACAAGUGCAAAAUCAUGAGCUCGGCCAAGUUGCCGCUGUGGCUCGAGUUUGAAAAUGCCGAAGAGGGCGGCGACCCCGUCGUGAUCAUCUUCAAAGCCGGCGACGACGUCCGCCAAGACUGCUUGACGCUGCAGUUGAUCCGGCUCAUGGACGAAAUGUGGCGAGAAGACGGCAAGGACCUGGCCAUGGAGCCAUACAAGUGCGUGUCCACGGGCCCCAUGACCGGCCUUGUCCAAGUCGUGCUGCAUUCUGUCACAACCGCCGCCAUCCACAAGCGCGGCGGCGGCGUCAUCGGAGCGUUCGAUGACACGAGUUUUGCCAGCUGGAUCGGCGCCAACAACGGCGACGCACGCAGCUACAAGACGGCCGUGGACUUGUUUCUACGGAGUUGUGCGGGGUACUGCGUGGCCACGUACGUGCUGGGCAUUGGCGACCGGCACAACGACAACAUCAUGAUUACCAAGCAAGGCCGGUACUUUCACAUUGAUUUUGGCCACUUUUUGGGCUUUAUGAAGUACCAGGUACGACGUCAAGAUAAUCGUAUUUAGUUGGUACUAGUUAGUAGUUAUAUGGCGUUGUGUUCUUGUAGUACGGCAUCAAGCGCGAACAGACACCGUUUGUGUUUACGCCGGAAAUGCGCUACGUGUUCAAGCCGUCGACGGCGGAAGGUCGGGACGAGUACCCGCGCUUCCAAAAGCUGUGCGGGGAAGCGUUCAAUGUGGUGCGGCGGCACAUGCACCUGCUGGUGUCGCUGCUGCUGCUCAUGAUCCCCGCGGCCAUGCCCGAGUUGCGACACCGUGAUGACAUCAGCCACAUCGUGGAAGUGACGGCGCAAAAGAUGACGGACGAAGACGCCGCCGCGUUCUUUGCAGACCUCACCAGUCAGUGCAUGAACAGCACCAUGAAGCGCAUCGACAACACAUUCCACAUCCUCAAGCAUAGAUAGUCGAGUUCCAUUCGACGAGUUGGUUCAGAACACGGAUGAACAUGAUGUAUUAUCGAGUACUAGUAGUACAUACGAAGCUUUCAACGUUGUACAUGACUGG